CGCGUGGUGACGUCAUCACGACCGCUCCCGGCGCCGCUCCCCGCGCCGCUCGCGAUCCCGAUCCCGGUCCCGGCCCCCCGGCCCGUGAGGGCGGCUCGGGGCGGUCCGAUGCGGCGGCGGGCAGGAUGCACCAGAAGCUGCUGCGCAGCGCGCACUACAUCGAGCUGGGCAGCUACCAGUACUGGCCGGUGCUGGUGCCCCGCGGCAUCCGGCUCUACACGUACGAGCAGAUCCCGGUGUUCCUGAAGGACAACCCCUACAUCACCGAUGGAUACCGCGCCUACCUGCCCUCCCGCCUCUGCAUCAAGAGCCUCUUCAUCCUCUCCAACGAGACCGUCAACAUCUGGAGCCACCUGCUCGGCUUCCUGCUCUUCUUCACGCUGGGCAUCUACGACCUGACGGCCGUGCUGCCGGCGGCCGGCGCCUCCCGCGAGGACUUCGUCAUCUGCUCCGUGUGCCUCUUCUGCUUCCAGGUCUGCAUGCUUUGCUCAGUAGGAUAUCACCUGUUCUGCUGCCACCGCUCCGAGAAGACGAGCCGGCGCUGGAUGGCCCUGGAUUACGCGGGAAUUUCCAUUGGGAUUCUGGGCUGCUACGUGUCAGGCGUGUUCUAUGCCUUCUACUGCAGUAACUACUGGCGCCAGGUGUAUUUGAUCACUGUGCUGGCCAUGAUCCUGGCAGUGUUUUUUGCCCAGAUCCACCCCAGUUACCUCACACAGCAGUGGCACAGGCUGCGCUCCGUCAUCUUCUGCUCCGUGUCCGGCUAUGGAAUCAUUCCCACCAUCCACUGGGUUUGGCUCAAUGGCGGCGUUGGUGCAUCCAUUGUCCAGGAGUUUGCCCCCCGUGUAUUUGUCAUGUACUUCAUCGCUGCUGUAGCUUUUCUCUUCUAUAUUUCCAAAGUUCCAGAAAGAUACUUCCCAGGCCAGCUGAACUACCUCGGCUCGAGCCACCAGGUGUGGCACAUCCUGGCAGUGGUGAUGCUGUACUGGUGGCACCAGUCCACAGUGUACAUCAUGCAGUACCGACACAGCAAGCCCUGCCCCGAGUACAGCGCGGACUUGUGAG